AGCAGUGGAGGCUGAGGGGGAGCUAAUAGGGCUGAGGGGAGAGCUGAGAGGGGUGGGGAGGGGGGGACUGAGGGAGGAGCUGCUGCCACCAGGCACUCUCGGGAAUCCGCCUUGGCUGAACCCGGUGGGCGCCCGGAAUGUGCCGGCAGCGGGAAGAUCUCUCCGGCGGCCGUGCCCCGGUCAGGGACCGCAUUGUGCUGUUUUGCUACAGGGGGAAAAAUGGCCUCUCGGCAGAUCACACGGGAGACGUUUGAUGCUGUGGUGCAGGACAAAGUUAAGAGGUAUCGCAUGGAGCGGACUGACGCUAUAGACAACACAAUCCAUCAUUUUAAAGCUCAUUCAAGGCCUGUCCCAAGACCAAGAUACGAAGACAAUUUCCACGAUGAUGGACGAUACGACAAUGCCCAGCACCAUCCCCACGAUGAAUGGAGUGAAGACCCUAGAGAUGAGUUCCCGGGACCUUCUUACAGAGCUGCGAGCCCUCUCAUUAGGAAAGAGAACUAUUACCACGAACAAUACGGCCGCCCGGUGACUCGUGACCGAGAGUUUGGCCACCCAGCAUCUCGAGAACGGGAAUUUGGCCGCCCAGCAGCUCGUGACCGGGAAUACGGGCGCCCGGCUACGCAUGAUCGGGAGUAUGGGCGCCCAGCAUCUCGCGACCGGGAGUACGGGCACCCGGCCUCUCACGAUCAGGAGUACGGGCACCCCGCGGCUCACGACCGGGAGUUUGGGAACCUGGCUUCUCACGACCAGGACUACGGGCAUCCCGACUCUUGGGAAUCCACUGGACCGCAUGAAGCUGACUUUAGUUCUGCGGAUAUUUUAGGUGAUUUUAGAUCGCCGGGACUCAUGGAAGAUGAGUAUGGCAACAUGGAAAGCCAGGAGUACGAGGUGGAGUUUGUGAUUCAGUCUGACAGCGAGUUCCGACCCCCGGUGCGGAGGGGCAACAUUGGCAGGGGCAGAGUUCUGCGAGGAAAACGUAUUGCGAGGGGCGCUGCUAAAACGAAAAUAUUCAAAGCAGAUAUCAAAGCUCCCCUAAAGAAGUGGAACAUGAAAAAACUGCAGCCAGGCCCUGAGCAGAACCCAGCUGUGCAACCUGAUCAACUGCCAGAAAUUGCUGAACGCCCUAACCUGAGGCCAGUGCCUCUCCAGCGCCCUAUUCAAAGGCCAGCUCUAACAGCCCAGAGACCUAUUCUCAGGCUUCCAAAGCCUGCGCACGUUUUUAGAAAUCUCAAUUUUGAUCUUGUGGACAAGUCUGACAUUUUCUCAACGUUUGGAAUACAAAUCAUAAAGUGGGCUGGAUUUCACGCCAUAAAAAACGAUGCGGAAUUUUCCCGGCUCUUCGGAGCUCUCUUUGAGCUGGAGACAGAAACCUGUGCGAAAAUGCUUGCUUCGUUCAAAUGCUCCCUCAAGCCAGAACACAGAGAUUACUGUUUCUACACUAUCAGGAGUUUACAACAUGCUGCUUUGAAAACUCCCAAGGUGGACAAUGAAUUUUUAAAUAUGCUGUUGGACAAGGGUGCUGUGAAAACAAAGAACUGCUUCUUUGAAAUAAUAAAACCUUUUGAUAAAUAUAUAAUGAGGCUACAAGACCGCCUGCUAAAAGGUGUUACACCUCUGCUCAUGGCCUGCAAUGCUUACGAGUUAAGCAUUAAGACCAGUGGUUUUGGUAACCCCAGAGUAAUGGCAAGUGCUUUUGAGACCACUGUUUCUCUUUGUCGUAAGUCUUUAGCACUUCUGGGUCAGACCUUCGCGUUAGCAUCUGUUUUCAGGCAAGAGAAAAUACUUGAAGCUGUAGGGCUCCAGGAAAUGGCUCCAGCACCGACACUAUUCCCCAAUUUCGAUGAUUCCAUGUUGUUUGGAAGAGAGUACAUUGAAAACUUGAAGGCUUGGUUAGAGAAAAGCGGAUAUCCAAUUCAGAUGAAAAAAGCUGAAGCAGAGUCCACAGUGCAGCUUCAAAAUCCCCCUCCUGACACUCAAGUUACAAUCCCCCAGCGAGCUGAUCGGAAAAUUGUAGAGACAAUUGAACAGCUAGUGAACAGCAUUGUUUCGGGAACCUUGUCUGCCAAAGAGAGAAAUGCUCAAAAGAACAGUCCUGAAUACUGGUUCUUGUCUGAUGAAGAUAGUCUAGAAUACAAGUACUACAGGCUGAAGUUAUCAGAGGUGCAGAGACGGACAUCAUUGGGAAAAGAGGCAGGUGGUGAGGGCAGAACACUAGAAGAUGCUGCAACAGAAUCGGUCAGAGCUAUGUUGUAUGCCAGGAAAGUCGCAAGUAUUAAGAGAAGGCUAUUUAAAAGGAAAAGGCUGGGAAUUAUUGCACAACAUGGAAUUCGAGGAAGGAAGGUGAGGAGAGCAACCAUAGGGACACAGACCGUGCUUUCAGCUGGCACAAUGCUGAAACACCAGGACAAGCAUCUUCAGAGUUCAGUCGAAUCAAAGCCUUCUAUGUCAGAAACCAACACAUCUGAGAAGAAUUCUUCUCUUGAUGCAACCUCAUCUUUGCAAUGUGCCACCAGUUCAGAGGCCCCUCUGCCAGCAGAAGAAAAGGCGGAUUCUGAGGAUUUAUUGGCACCAUCUGAACUUUUCCUACCGUUGCCCUCUCAGUUUCCUGAUGUGGAUGCUAAAACGAUGGAAACUGCUGAGAAGCUUGCCAAGUUUGUUGCUCAGGUAGGACCAGAAAUUGAGCAGUUCAGCAUAGACAACAGUGCAGAUAACCCAGAUCUGUGGUUUCUACAGGAUCGUAGCAGUUCUGCUUUCAAAUUUUACCGCAUGAAAGUCUAUGAGUUAUGUCCAUCUAUCAACUUCAGUGCUGUGCCAGAAGCAACCGAUGCUGGGGAAAAUGCUAAACCUGAAGAGAGAAAUUUGGAUAUUUCAGAAGAGGAGGAGGAGGAAGAUGAAGAAGAAGAGGAGGAAGACAAUGAGGAGGAAGCUGAGUUUGAAGAGGAUAUUUCUCGACCUUUGGAAGAAAUCGAGCAAGCAGAGGAGGGAGAAGAGGAUGAUAUCUCAGCAGGUAGAAGUGCGGAAAACCUUGCUGAAGAGUUGAUUUCCAAGACAGGAGAGGAAAUUUCAACAGGUGAAAAGCAGCUAGCUACAUCAUCUGAUGGUGCUAUACCAAAUCUGUCAACACAGGCAUCAACUCCUGCUCCUGGUACCUUAUUUCCCCGCAAACGAAUCAGCAGCAAGUCUCUGAAAGUCGGUAUGAUUCCUGCCUCUAAAAGGAUAUGCCUCAUAGAAGAACCAAAAGUGCACGAACCUGUCAGAAUUGCUUAUGAUAGGCCUCGUGGUUGCCCAGUUACAAAGAAGAAGAAGAAACCAAAAGAUUUAGAAUUUUCACACAAGAAACUGACAAACAGGAAUGUAGGUUUCCAGAUGCUUCAGAAGAUGGGCUGGCAAGAAGGACAUGGCCUGGGUACACGAGGAAAAGGAAUCAGAGAGCCUGUAAAAGUGGGUGCUACCUCUGCAGGGGAGGGCUUGGGUGUUGCAGGGGAAGAAAAUAAAGAAGAUGCAUUUGAUGUUUUCCGUCAAAGAAUGAUACAAAUGUACAGGCAGAAAAGAGCAAGUAAAUAGAAGUUCUUGAUUGGAAAAAAUCCCAGGAAAUAAGACAAAAAGCUUGUCAUUCUGAGGGACUAUUCCGGAACAUACUGAAAGAGAAGACUGGAUUAAUCUACUCUGCUUCAACAAAAAGCAAUUCCUAACUUCUUGGUGAAGCAGCUCUGAAGACAUGAAAGUUUUAGCAGUGUUACCACAAGGUCCAAUCAUUCAUCUUUUUCAGGCUAGCACAUCAAUAAGAGAGAGAUCUGUGACUGGAUUACUGAAAGUGACAGAAUGUAAUAUCACACUUUUUAGCAUACUCCUUUCUCAAACAAGUCAAAAGUCUUCACUUGAAUGUUACAGUACCAAAACCUACUUCACUGACAUUCUCUUUAAAGAGUUUAUCUUGAGCUGACGCAUGUUCUGCUUACUAGGAUUGAGUGCUGAUGUUUUCAUCCUGUAUCAUGCUUCUUGCAGAGCAAAGAGCUUGUGGUACACCACUAAUAGCACCCCACAGUAACGUGGCAGCAUCUCAAGUUUCUAACUGACAAAUACGCAAGAAAAUGUGCUCUUCAGUUAUCAACUUGCCUGUACCUGCUGUUUAAAGAACAAAAUUAUACUCUCUCUAUUAAAAAGCCUGCUGGUUGAAAGGGAGUGUCUUCGUUUUCAUUCUGUAGCAACAAACUUUUCUUGCCUGUAACAACCAGUUCUAGUUACAAAUGCAAGCUUGUUUUUUUCUUUACAGUAUGAGUCUGUGAAACCAAAAGAAACAAUAUCAUGUCAUGGUGUAAUUUUCUGAUCACUCAGUUUUAGUUGCUUUGAAGCACAUGAUCAGUAAAUAAAACCAUAAUGGCAGGUGUAGAAAAAUAUCAUGCUGGUAGUUGUUUUUCCAUGAGCAUCACGUGUCUUCACCUUUACAUUGCAAGAAGCUGAAGCAUGAAGGCCAGAAAUACAAAUGAAUUUAUCUGGUUAUUAAACUUGAUUAAAGGAUAGGUUAGGGGGUUCUCGUAGGCUUUACUUGGAAGUACUUAAAAUCCAUUUAUAUUUUGGACCACAGGCUACUUUAAAGUUUAUCAGUUACGGUAUUUGGCAGUGUACACUUAUCUGUUAUGUUCCCAUUUGGGUUUGUUCUUCACUGCCUCUCUUUCUUUCCUGUGCCUGUUUAGCAGUUAUGCAAUGUAAAAACUCGAGCGUUGCAAAAAGGAGAUCUGUCAGUCACAGCCUGUUUUAGAAUGACAAUCUGGAACCAAUAUUGUUGGCUUCUGAGCUAUUUCUCAGAUCCACUCAGAAGCUGUUCUUUUAGUUUCAUUGAUGAAGCUGCCAGUAUUUCUGUUCACGAUUUGUAUUUCCUUGCAAACUUCCAGUUCACCUCUUCUUUGACAUUCACAUUUUGGAAGCAGUCUUGAUUAUAUGUUACACUCCUUGCAAAAAGGCACAAGGCAAAGUGCAGUUUCACUUUGGAUUGAAAUCCACUCUCGCCCAGAUCAGCAUUCUGUGAUACUCUGAUUUAACCCGAGUUUGUUGGGCAUGGUACCGUUUGGGGUGCAUUUGCUAAACACCUGCUUACCCAAUCUGGGAAAACUUGGUAUCCAGAUUGGAAAAUGGUACCUUCCUUUCUGAUUGCAAUUCAGAGUGUAAUGCUGUCUUGAAAAUAAAGGUGAACAUUGGGAAAAUCUUAAUCUGCUACCCUGGAUGACUGUAGUGUGGUCUAUCUUUCUUGUGCCAAACUUUAAUUUUGGACGAGAUAUCAGCAGAGCAGUAUUGGUGCUGAGAUUCCAGUGUUGCUCUCAAAGUGGGUUGCUGUUUGCCACUUUUAUCUUGUGUUACCAAGAGAUGACCCUACGCUCCUUUUCCAAAAGGAAUUUCCUUAUAUUUUGUCCUGCUUUUGCAGGCAGCUCUGAUUUGAAAAUUUAAAUACGUGUACAUGUGAAACGUUUGUUAUGCAGAUACAUUGCCUUGUUUAAAGUUUACUAGCUUCUUUUCUGUUAUUUUAGUUCCAGGCUCUCUUCCAUGAAGACUGCAAGCUUCAGUGAACAUUUUAACUAACUUCAGUGGUGUGUCUACUGUCUUUUGGUUGUUUUUUUGUUUUUUUUUUUUUUUCUCCAUUAAUCUUGUAGAGCAAUUUGCUAGUUUCUGUUCCGUGCAAAUUGGCAGUAGUGCUUAGCUAGUAACAUUAGCUGCUUAUGUUAUUGGAUAACUGACAUUUCUUUUUAGUGUAAGUAAACAUGUUAGCAUUGUUAAUCUUUUAAUAUCUGCAAUAAAUGUAGAACUAAACAAUUUCUGGUUUAAAUGUUUUGCUUGUGAAUUUGGCCAUCUGUAAGAGAUAUGCAUCAUUUUUGGCACUAACAAGUGGAAUUGAGAUUAUGCAGUGUUACAUUAGUGUAAAGCAGGAUUUUAUAGUGUACGAGGGAAGGAAGGUCCCUCUGUUUCUGUGCUGCUAAGUGUUUCUGUUGAGAAUACCCACUAAAAUCAUUUCUUAGUCACUGUUUCAUGUGGCUUCCAGUGCUUUAAACCCAUACACAGCAGUGUUACUCCACAGGAAUGCCAAAACCAAGGUGCCCCAGUCAGAAUGCAAGAGUUUUACCUUUUAUUCCCAUAUCCCAGGAAUUAGUUGUCUCUCUGAUUUUCUUUAUGUACUGACUUUGGGAGAGCAAAGCUUUCUCUUUACGUAUAUGUGUGUGGUUUACUGUUGCCUUUAAAUUCAAAUUCCUUUAUAAGACAGGAUAUGAGGGGGAAAAUUGCAACAAAAUGAAAUUUAACAAUUGUGCAGCCACCUUCUAUUUAGAGGUGAAGUGAGAGUGUUUAUUUUGCUAAAGAUACCGGCUAGGUGUCCUGUCCCUUGCUUUUAUACUGACAGCUGUGGCAUGCUUUACUAGACAAGCUGAAGUCCUGGCUAUGCCUUUUUCUUCCUUUUCCUCCUUUGCCUUCAACAAUUUAUUAUAUUUAAGGACCUGGUUCUAGAAGAAGGGAUGCUUGCUCUCGUUGGAGAGAAAUAAGGAGAUCCCCAUUUUGGGGGAGGUGCUCUAACAGAGUAAAAGAACUAUAGUUAAUAAAUAAUACACUGUUUGGAGUAAUUGUGUUGGAGUAAUAUGGAUUUUUUUUUGCCUUCAAGGCUUUUCUUUGGUGUAAUAUCAGUGAUAUUUUUCCUAUUUAUUGGUUUUUGUUUGUUUAUUUUAGACAACACUACAGCAUCCUUAGUGUGAACACUUAAUCUGUGCUGAGAUGUUACUUCUCAAAAUCAAUGUACAGUAUUUUUUUUUCUAUUGAUAUUCCGUUCUGCUUUAAAGUUUAUCCUGAUGUAUGGUGCCCAAAGAAAGUCUGGACUCAGAAAUUCAAAUACUGUUAUUUUGGAUUGUUUUCUAUCCUACAAGCAGGUAUAUUUUCUAAUUGAAAAUGAUCUCCUGGAAGUGCUGUACCAUCUGUCAUUCUGCAUAUCUCAUGACUGAGUGGCCAAUCACAACCAGACUGUAGAUUUGAGCAAUAAUAAACACCUGAAAUGAGAAUAUGCUCAAAGAACAAUAGGGUACUUCGGAAAUAACUAGUUUUUGUGAACCUUGUUAAGUAGGUAACUUGCUGGAUUGCAGCAAGUGUGGAAAAUGUUUGCAUUAUCUGUGGGCAAUAAAGUUACUGCUGUUUAAGAAAGUGCUAGCA